AUAUGAUAUCUUUUAUUGUCGAGGACGGCAGCCAUUGUGAUAGUUUAGGUAGGACUCUUGAUUACGGUAGGGUAUCGGCCCUAUAUACUAUAUAAGGAAAUACAACAGGAGGGAAUGAUGAUGCGUGCUUGUUACGAUCUCUGACAUAAUCCAUUGUGUAGAAAACACAACUUCUGAAAUUUAGUUAAUUUCAAAUGCAAUUUACAGCAAUUGCGUCAAGAUUUAAAGCAUGGAUUACCUGCCUUGGAUCAUAUGAUAUCUUUUGCUGUUGUGGACGGCCGCCAUUGUGAGAGAUUAGGAAUCUAAAGUAAAGAUGGACCCUCACAACCGAGCCCAAGACGUUCUACGCUGUGACUGAUGUGAAGAGAAUGUUGUGCAGAUGCACUGUGAUACGUGUCUUGUCAAGCUGUGUAAGACCUGUGUAGGAGACCACAUCUCAUCUGAGGAAUGCGAGGAUCCCAAAGUCGUUAGAUUCCAGUCCAGGAAAUGCGUCCCUGUGUAUCCAACGUGUGCAUUACAUGAUAACAAGCGGUGUGAAAUGCACUGCCAGCAGUGCACUGUACCUGUCUGUUUCAUUUGCGCAACAUCUGAAAAACACGCCGGUCAUCGAUUUAAAAACAUUGUAGACAUUUUUGAUGAAAAGAAGAGAGAGUUUCAAAAAAAAGAUAAAAGAUAUCCAAGAAAAUAUUCGAGUGAAACACGCGGAUCAAGCUUCGAAAAUGGAGAAGCGAAUUGCGGAUCUAGAAAAGGAAAUCACAACACUUAUAGACACUGUGUCUAAACACGGAGAACUGAAGAGAAAAAUUGAUCAAAUUGUUAAGGAGGUGCAGUCCGAAAUUGAGAGUAUUAGGAAAAAUCACGUGGAGCUGUUGAUCACAACAAGAACAGAAGUCCAGCAGAAUUUGACUGAGAUCGACAGGGAAGUGUCCUCAUUAAAAGAAUUAACACUAGAUUCUAACGACAUCAAUAAAGUCUUCCACUUUACACCAACCAACAAGAUUUACAAAAAUCUACCAGACGAUCCCGUGCUGACGAUGCCGGUUUUCUCUACAAAGAGGAUCGACUCUGUACAACUCCGUGAAAUGUUUGGAACACUGUCCGACAUUGUAACAAAACCCACCGCUAUAGCAAAAGUCAGACUGAUGGAAACACCGCUAAUGGUCCAUAGAAUAGCGACUGGUUAUUCUCAACUUUAUGGUGUUGCAUUUCUAGACAGGAUGGGAAUAUGGGCAAUAGGAAAUGCCCAACAAAUAAAACUAUUUCAUGUGAAUGACAAGUCCACGAAGAAGUCAAUCGACACCAAACUGUCAGGCAAAAAACUUAUAUUAGUGACAAAUCAAGGCCAUCUUCUUUACGCGGAAAAGGGUGGCAGGACGAUUCACAUUGUUAAACAAGAACAGAGUGAAGAAUUGAUCAGUUUACAAGGCUGGGGAGUUGUUGGUUUCUGUGUCACUGAUGAUCUGCUGGUCGUCAUGAGAAGUGAUGACAAAAGAGAAACUAGAGUUGUCCGAUAUCAUGGACGUGAAGAGAAGGAAAUUAUCCAGUUUGAAAGUAAAGGGAAACCUUUCUAUUCAGUUGGUCCAAACCAAAAGUUGAUUUGCGAGAACAGGAACUUUGAUAUCUGUGUGGCAGACAGAGAUGCGUGCGCUGUGGUGGUCGUCAGUCAAGAUACGAAAUUCAGGUUCCGGUAUGAAGGAAAUCCGUCAAGUUUGCGCAAAACUGAAUUCAAACCGAAAGGUAUAGCCACCGACAGCCUGAGUAAUAUUCUUGUUUCAGAUCUAGAUAAUGCUUGUGUCCACGUUGUUGAUCAAAACGGAAAGUUUAUUACAGUUUUAGACUGUCCACGUGUGCAGCCCUGGGGACUGUGCGUCGGUUUGGAUAACUACCUGUAUGUUGCAGAUAAUGCAUCGGGUGAUGUUAUAAAGAUUCGGUAUCUUCAAUGAGGAUUUCAUAGACCUUGACACAAAUGGGAAAGACCAAAAUAAAAAAAUAGGAAUGAAAAAUAAAAACAUGUCGUGCCUAAAAGUCGUUGUAAUAAAGUACUUUCUACAAUUACAUGUAUAUGAUGAAUUCUAAAUACAUGUUGUACGUGAUUUAAUAUAUAUAAUAGAAACUCCGUAAUAUGACGUAAUAAAUGUUCGACUUCUCCUGGAUGUUUGAAACGUCGAUGAAAUAUUGUACGUUUUCGAAUUCUUUUCUUGAAUGAAGAGAGACUUCAAAUUGUUACUAUUUUGUGGAUUAGAAUCGAACUGGCCAAUUUGGGAAUUCUUUCUAUUCGGAAAAAGUCCUUGCAGAGACAUGUUUUUCGAAAAGUUGAACGAAUGCAGAUUUGGCGUAUUUCUGACGUUCAACGGUUGUACACAAGUACUCCAACGAGGUUUUUCCGCGAAAACGCAUUGAUAGAAUUUAAAUCAUGAUAUUUCUAUA